AUGUAUGUGCAGUCUGUAUGGUGACACAGUGUGGGCACUGAGUGGCUCGUAUUCAUAAGAACCGCGCCUUCUAUUUCAAUAUGUAAGAUCAACGGUCGUACGACCGUUUAUGCACGCAGAGGAGCACACACGUAUGCACACGCACACAUAAUAUUUCUGUCCUUUUCUUAACGCGCAUUCUUUCGAAGUGUAGAUAGGUGUAACAUUUUUUUUUUGUAGUGGAGGAAACGCGUGUACAGGAGCUAGAUCGCGUACUCGGGCAAUUUCAGCAAUAAAAUAUAUUGCUCCCUGUUUUGAUAAAGUUUUUGUUUUUUUUUUUUCGACUAUUCGUUUUGUUGAAUAUUUAAAAAAUUGUGAACGUCGGGGUGAAAAAACCUGACGAAAUUGUGACUUUCCUACCGAGAGGAUCACGAAAUACAAUAAUGGAGAUCCUAACGAACAUAUCAUCGGCGUUUUGGUCACCUGACGUUUGGUUACCUCCGAAUACGACAUGGGACGACAUCGCACCCAAUUCGGACAACAAAUAUGCGAAUCACCAACAUUUAAUAUACCCAAUACCAAUGGCACUAUGUCUCCUAGUCCUCAGAUAUGCUCUCGAAAGGUAUUGGUUCGCACCCGUGGGCAAAUCUAUUGGCAUCAAAACAACGAGAUCUAAGAGAGCUGAGCCUAAUGCUAUCCUUGAAAAGGCUUACACUAGUAAAAAAAUUAAGCAUAAACAGGUCCUGUCGCUAGCCAAACAAUUGGAUUGGAGCGAACGUAAAGUGGAAAGGUGGCUGAGGCUGAGACGUUCACAGGACAAGCCUUCAACAUUGACAAAAUUUUGUGAGAAUAGCUGGAGAUGCCUUUAUUAUACAUACUCGUUCAUCUACGGGAUUGUUAUUCUUUGGGACAAACCAUGGCUCUGGGAUAUAAAAUAUUGUUAUUACGAUUACCCUUAUCAUCCGGUGACGAAUGAUUUAUGGUGGUAUUACAUGGUGUCGAUGGCGUUUUACUGGUCUCUCGGUAUAUCGCAAUUCUUCGACGUGAAGCGAAAGGACUUUUGGCAAAUGUUCAUUCACCACAUAGCGACGCUUGCUUUGAUGUCUUUCUCGUGGGUCGGAAAUUUGACUAGAAUCGGCUCGCUAGUUUUAGUCGUCCACGACUGCGCCGAUAUUUUCUUAGAGGCGGCGAAAAUGGCCAAGUACGCUAAAUACCAAAAACUAUGUGAUUUUAUAUUUUUUAUCUUUACAAUACUGUGGAUCGUAACGCGUACCGGUGUGUAUCCGUUCUGGAUCAUUUAUAGUACAUCAAUAGAGGCUCCUAAAAUAGUACCGAUGUUUCCGGCGUAUUAUAUAUUCAAUUUCCUGUUGGUACUGCUACUGGCUCUUCAUAUACUUUGGACAUGGCUAAUUCUCAAAAUAGCGUACAAUGCUAUUUACGCUGGCCAGAUGGAAGGAGAUAUUCGGAGCGAUAGCAGCGACGAUAUUUCUGACGUUACGUUGGACAAUGGGCCAGCGAACAAUUCCUCAAACCACAAUAUCAAACACAAUUCCAGACAAAAACAACACUAACGCAAUUUUUUUCGAGAUUCAGUAGGGACAAUUCGUUAAACAUUGCAUGGGAAAGAGAAGGGAUGAGACGAGAAAAAAAUAAACAAAAACGAACAAUCAGAAAUUCUAUUAGCCCGGUGCUGAUUCACGCGAACCGUAGCCUCCUUAAGAAUUGACGAUUGAAUGUGAUUUUUGAGAGUGGUAUAAUAGCCAUUUUGAGCAAAUAUUUUUCUGAUGAAGAAUCUUCAUAUACAACUUCUCAAAUAUAUUAGUAAAACGUUUUUUUUAAACUUUAAUGAUGGCUUUUUUAUGGAAUAGAAAAAAAAAACACUGCGCAAACGUCGAUAUACCAUCAAAUCGGUUGACACCAAAUAUGCAUAAAGUUAUUUGCGUUAAGUAGGAACAAUUAAAACGGUAGAGCAUAAGUCGCCACCGCACGUUGAAAGAAGUUGAUAGAGCUAAAUAUUAAAACAAAAACUUUGCAUCUUAAUAUCGCUGCGUUAUAGCACGUCGGGCGUAAUUAAACUUAAAAAAAAAAAAAUAAAUAAAUAUUCGCAGCCAGAAUUCAAGGACCGAAAGAUAAGAUACGAAGUUACCUUUUUUUUGGGUAUCGAACCAGGUGUAUCGCGCGAUAUCUUCUCACGAAGAAAAGAGCGAGAUUUCUUGAGAUUAUAUCGAAUUACCGAACGAAAAUAUUUCAAUAAUACGAUAAAAAGUCCACCAGGGACGAAAUGAUCUAAUCUGAUUGUACGCCAGGCCUAGAUUUGUAGAUUUCGUACGUAAGAACAUAAAGUUUUGAACCACUGUCACAACUUCGUUUCAAUUGACAUGACAAUUAAUUGAAGAUAAAAAAAUUAAUCGAAUUUUGUUACGUGUCUGAUUUAUGAGAAAAUGGAAUUAUUAGUAUUAACUCCGACUCGCCGAGUAGUCAUUUCUGUAUUGCAAAAAUUUCAUCAUUAUUUAAAAUGACGUAUCUACAGCUUUAAUUACGAUAAACUCCUAACAACAAAACAUUCUGCGGUUCUGUAUUUUAAUGAAUCGCGAUUUGUACUAUUUUCAUAAAAAAAACCAUUAUUCCCUUCGAAACCAGGCCGUUCAGUUAUUAAUGAACUUUAUAUUAGAAAAUUAACACAGAUAAACGAAAUAGUAGUGGCAAAAAUCUUCAAUUCCUAAACUAGAUUCGUGCUACGUUGGGACAAUUCGAUCGAACAGGAACGAAUAAGUCCAAUUCAUUCUACCUCGGUCAGGCGAAUAGAUUUUUAUGUGGUACGAAUUCCAUUAUAGCCUACCACCGAUUAAUACCGUAAUUCAGAUCUGCUCUUUAAUAUUAGGCAUUAAAAUUCUGUACCCCACACUUUUAACGUAUACGCGCGCCCGCCCUCCCGCCCACA